GCUUCCUAGCGGCCUCGCGGUCAACCCCGUCAACCAUUUUGAUCCACUCAGUGGCUCAAUGCUUAGUGAAGUUAUAGAGGCGUGCGUUGUUAUAUAGUGUGGUAAUAUUAAAUCAUUGUUUUCGUGAGUUGACAAUAUUUUUUGCAGCUAACAGUUGUGUUUGAGUGUCGUUAUCAAGUGAAUACCAGAACAUAUUCUCCUACCACACUUGAUCGCAUACUCAGUGAAAAAUGCCACGUCGGAGUGGAAGUAAUAUUGGUCGACGUACACGAAAGGCACAAAUGAUCUUUAAUCGUCGUCGAUUGAACAGACCAGUUGAAGAACACUCGACAGAUAAUGUAGAAGAACACCCGACUGACACUGUAGAAGAACACCCGAGGGACAAUGUAGAAGAACACUCGACGGAUCAUAAAGAAGAAUACUCGACAGAUAGUGUAGAAGAACACUCGACGGAUAACGUAGAAGAACACUCGACGGAUAAUGUAAAUUUAAGAGAUCAAGUUCGUGCUAAUUUUAAACGCUGGCUUGAAGAACAUUACGUAAGCGUUGGCGAAGAAAUAUCAAGUCAGCUGGACUACAAGUCAAUGUCUACCUCUAUGUGGCGGGAACGGCGGUUCGCGAUGAACCGCACCCCUAAAAGCUUAGUUGAUUUUGGAACUACUGUGGAACACUCCAAGUACGCAACAACCUGGGGGAAGACCUCGGAGACGGAGAAGUACUACCAGGGCACUGUGGUGGAUACUAACGGGGACUCUUCAGUGGUGUUCGUCUCUCCCACGUUUGCGGAGAUGCUUGGACAGUGCAGUGAGAUUCUGAUGGAUGCGACCUUCAGAGGCGUACCCAGAGAGAACCCUCCUUGCAACCAUCUGUUGACCGUGUUUGCCGUCAUUGACACUGAGGCUCAUCCCGUGUUCAGCGUGAUAAUGAGUAAGAGGACCAGAGAGGCUUAUGACAGUGUAAUGACGUUCUUCGUGACCAAGUACAGUGCGCUGAACCCCUCCAUCAUCGUGGCGGACUACGACUCCAGGAUCCAGGAAGCUGCGAAGGCGGCCUACCCUAAUGCUCUAGUCGUGGGUGCCUGGUUCCACUACGCCUUCACAUUGAAUAGGAAAGCAAGACAACUUGGUUAUGGGAAUCUGUUAAAGGAAAGCGAUAGCGCAAGACGUCUCAUCAAACAUGCCAUGGCGAUACCAUUUCUACCCCCAGAACGUAUAUGGGAGGGAUACAAUGAGCUGUUGUCUUUUGCAGCUAUCAACAAAAACUUGGACAAAGUGAUGGCAAAUUUUCUGGAGUAUUUAAAACAAGUUUGGAUUGACGGAGUUGGAGCUACCGCACUCUCUGUGUUCAGGCAGCGAAGUCGCACUAACUACUCGCAGGAGUUAUACCAAAACAAACUUCUGAGAAAGCUUGGGGCUCAGAGACAAACCGAUAUAUGGACCUUAACUGAGACCUUGCGGAAGCAGGAACGCAUGUACGUUGACAAGCUGAGGGCGAACAAGAGUAGUGGGAGGCCUCUGCGUAUGCCAUGUGUUCUGUCCAACCCCAGGGUGAAGAACGCCAUGUGGGCGAUGCUGGACAGCAAAAACCCAGUCAGGGAAUUUCUUGCAGAAGUCAGUACGUACGGGUUCAACGGAAUCUUCAACAACAUGUAUCUUGUGUAUUCUGAAGAAAUCUCUGAUGAGGAAAUAGAUCUGACUCCGGUCACUGUAUUACCACUGGACUGUGAAGAACCUUUUGAUGAAGAACCUCUCACACGUGACCUCCGAACAAAGCCACUGUUUUCUGAUGUCAUGUGCUCUGAAGGAUCAAGAAAACGCAGACAUCCAAGCAGUAACCAAGGAGGCAAUGCGAGGGGGUCAUCACCGGAAGAUCGUCUUUCCCAGCCAUCGACAUCAGCAGCGAAAUCAAUUCCAGCCACAGCUACAGUUACAUCGCAGGGUGCCCAGGAUGUUCCGCUGUUCAGGUACGUUGAUGUGAACGACAUAAAAUUAUUUGCUGAUCCUUUGGCCGAAGACCGUGCGGAGAAGGAGAAAGAAGCUCUGCCCAUCCUAAACCGGGAUACUGAGUGUGGCCCUCCACAAGAGAAACAAAUUAAAUUGGAACCGAAAGAUGUGGAACAAGACAUUUCCAGUGGGGUGUUCAUAAAAAAUGAGGUUUUUAUCAAUGACAGCUUUAUAGAUUCCAGCGAUACUUUCCAUCAGGAAGGCUUGGCAACAACCUCACGAAUCUCCUACAGCAGUGAAACGGUAGAAGAGACUUCCUCAGGUAUCAGGAUUCCUAAUGGUCAACACGGUGAGAAAGACAUUUAUAGCAGGUUUGGUGAGAUUGUAGCAGACUCUCUUAGAUCACUGAAACAAGACCAUUUACAAGAAAAACUGGAGCAGCUGAUUCAACACGAGCAUUUGAGAAAGAAAUUGGAGCAGCUGAUUUGCAAAGCUGUGGUAGAAGUAUCAAUCAAAGACUAAUAAGUUAUUAGUCAUUCUGUUAUAAGACAUUUUACUUACGCUUAUAUUCUUGUAAAUCUACACGGGGGAAAUCUUUUAUUUUAAUGAAAAAAUUAUCCCCUCAUGUUGCUCAAAAUGUUUGUUCCUAAUGCAUUGUAAAUAUUCUCUGGAUCCAGAUGAGGCAGUUGAUGCCUAUGUUUUUAUUUUAUAUUCAGUAUUUUAAAAUGUAGUGACUUACAUAAAAAAAUAUUAAUUCCUAAUAGAAAUAUCAUCAAAACAAAAGGAAGUCAUUAUUUUUUUACUUUACAUCGUACACAUCCUACCGUUUCUGUUCCAUGAUUAUUAUAUUUCAUAUCGAUAGAGCUUAUUGUGAAUCUUAUUAAAAUUUGUGUUCAGGAAAAUGUUUUAGUUUUAAUGUUUGGACUAUGUUGAUAGGGAUAAAAAUAUUUGUUCGAUCAGUUAUCACAAGCCAAUUUUAAACCGUGCAGCCUUCCCAUUGCUUUUCACUGCACCAGUCUUCAAAAAAUUGUGAUAUGGAUAAGAAUUGUUUCUACACGUUUUUUUUUGUUUGUUUUUAUUCAGUGUAAUGAAAAUGUUACUGGUUUUGUAAUUUACUAAAAUAAUGUAUAUAUAUAUUAGUGUUAAGUUGUUCAUUUUCAAGUUAUUCUAUAAAAAAACUGUUUCCUAAAAUGUUGAUAUUUUGUACUAGGACUAUGUGUAUAAUCCAGAUCAAUAUCUGUAAUAUAUUGUUAAAUAUUUCUUAAUUGACAGAUUACAUUAUGCUGCAAUGUAGAAUAAUAAUAAUUAUUAUUAUUAUUAUUAUGUGGUAUUACUGUAUUUACUUACUGGGUGGUUGUUAUAUUGGCUGCAGUUUUAAUUCACUAGACAGUUGAAACUAAUGCCAACCUUGGUUAUCAUAUGAAACAUUUUUAUAGAAUCAUUAUAGACUUAAAAAUUAAAAUUUAACCUGGAAUGACCAUUUAUUCUUUAAAAAUUGUGAAUGAUUUCAGUCCUUUUUUAUUAUUAAAUCCUUCAAACUUGUUUUAGAGUAGAAUGAUGAGUAAAAGAGUACAUUAACAGCAAACCCUUUGUUUUAAACAUAUUGUAAUACCAAAUAUAUUGGAUCAUUUUUGGAAAAAAACUCAAAUCUCACUGGGAAAUACAUUAUUUGUCAUUUCAGAUGAGUUUUAAAAUAGGUCUAUACAUACAUAGAUGACUUUACGGAAAAACAUAUUGAAGUUAGAUUUUAUAUUAACAAUUGAAAUUCAGUUCAUUAUAUUUUUGUUAAAUAGCAAAGCGAUACUAUUAUUAUUCAAUAAUGAAAAUAGUAAGAGUAAGAAUUGAGUCUUAUCAGCAAGUGGGAUAGAUAAGCAGAAAGCUGUCAUUACAAUCAUUAAAAGAGGCACAUAACUUUUAAAAGCAUAACCAGAACAUGCUCAAUUCGUUUUAAUAUUUUGCUGUAUUAAUUUAUAUUUCUUUAAAACAUUCUUAAGGAUAGUUGUACAAUCAAAAUUUAAUAUUUACACAUACUAAUCUAUUGAAAAUGUUAUAAAUAUUUAUUCCUAAAUCAGUCAAUGAACAGUUAUGUAAUUAUAUUUGUAAACUGUUCUAUUCAAAUAUACACUUAAUGUCGAUCACAUUCAUUAAAUAACCAGUUUUACUUUUGGAUUCUCAAAUUUAAAUGUUUUCCAAUGUGGUAGAUUCACACUAAAUACUGCAACUCCGAUUAAUUUUACGUUAUAGGUGUCAUUAAAUCCUAUUAUUGUUUUCUUUUUAAUUAUUAACUAAUUUAUUUAAAUUCAGUAUACAGUAUUUAAUAUAUUAGCCGUCUGUUAACCAACACCUAUCUUGCUGAUAGACUCAAUACUUCAGUGCUGGCCUUGUUGCCUUUUAGGAGUUGUUUGAAGUAAGCUUUGUGUUAAACUCACUUUGUUCUUUUUUAUUAGCACUUUUUAAAUGCAAUCAUUAUUAAUUAAUGCUUACAUUGCAUUACAUUUAAGACUGAUUUUUGGUUUGUAAUUCUUGAUUUUUAUACCAUUUCUUACUUUUUCUCAUUUUUGGUACCUACACUUAUUUUCUUGAAUCACUUAAAAAUUAUAAUUACGUAUAUAAGAAUUUAGUUUUUUAGUAUAAAAAGUUACUAAAUUAUUAUAAAGUGUAAAGUUAACUUAAUUAUUCUGAUUUGGUAUGACUUCAUAAAAAUGUAAAA